AUGACGAUACCUCACAACAGAAUAUCUAAAUUGAUGAUGAAUAACAUUAGUGAAAAUUGCGUUAUAAAGUAUGAUAACUACAGUGAAUCACAAGAUUCUGCCAGAGAUGAAACACCUAAAGCACAAAAUUCUGCAUCCAUUUGUUUCUUUCACAAGUAUUUCAUACUGGAUAGAAUACCAAAGUUCAUAAGAACACUGUUCCUUUCGGAUUCCAGGACGAACUAUGAAUCAACGAUGAUGGAGAUUCUCCAAAAGGAGGAAAAUAAUAUUCUGUUAGAGUCUGAUUGGAAAACGUCAUACUUUAACCUGGCACUGCAAGAAUUGGGCCAGAUUAUCACAAGGGUGGAUAACCACAUCAUAUCGAGGAGUUACUUAAAUUUUAGAAAAUCACUUGAGCUCAAGAACAAAAUUGCAGUUAUCUUCGCAUGGUGUCCUCAAACCAAAAAGUUUGAAAGGUGCAUAAUGCUAAUCAAGAACCCAAAUGAUCUAAAAAUGAAGAUGAAAAACUCAAAUAUCCUCCACGUACUAAACCUGAAAACUGAUACUCAAAUGAGUGAAAACUCAGAAGAUGAGAAAUCACAAUCACCACCAUAUGGAAUAACAGCAAAAGAUAUAAACCACUAUGUGCCAAUCAAGUAUAAACAGCUAUCAAAACUAUUGAUUUAUAUGGAAUCAGUAGGGUUGAUUAGAAAGGAAACGGAAAGAGAAGGGAAGCUUUUUAUGUACAGAUACUUCACAACAGAUAGUACAACACCACUAGUUAAAACUGAGAUUAUAGAAAGAGAUGACACUCCUUACUUGAAUGGUUUGGAACCAGGAUUUGAUUCAUCUAGUACGCAAACACCGGAUAAAGCUGAUAUUGACGAUAGUGAACCCCCUCAGAAGAACUACUCUGAAUUUCUUAACAUCCAAAAAGCUAGAUAUUUGGAAAAUUCUGUGUAUCUGCAGGACUUUGAGAGGAUAUUUGGUGACCUGCAGUUGCCGAAGCAAAUAAGCACUACCCUGUUUAAGAAAAGGAUGGUACUGAUGAAGAAUUAUUUGGACUAUUUUAAAGCAGCAACAUAUUCAAACUUAUCAAACUUCUAUUAUGAUAUGGAGAGAACCCAGACGAAAGUAGAUAGAAAAACAGCAAUGAGAGUAUCGAGCUUUGUCCUAGAGGAGCUGAAAUAUUUAAAAACUUUAAGGUGCGAAGAAUUGAAAGGAGCCAACCUGUCACUGACAGUAUUAUUUGAUUCAAGACACCUGACGGAAAAAGAAGCAUUCAAUUAUGUUAGAAAGAACAUAAUUAUGAAGAGAAACCUAGCCGCAGUACAAACGUUGGCAAUAAAGUCGAAGAUAAAUGACCAUUUCAAAGGCCCAGAAGGUGUAAAUAAUUUCCAGGAAGACACUAUAGAUAUACUGGAAUCUAAUCCAGAAAGUAAGGACGUGCUAAACCUUAACAUACAAGUGCCGUGUUUGAUCAGAAAUGUAUCAGUAAACCAGCAGAAUACAGAGAUUAAUGCAGAAAACUCACUGGGUUUCAGCCAGAGAGUGUUGUCAGCAAACGGUUACAUCUUCCCAAUAAUGACGAGAAUUAAGCUGUUACACUCAUUCUUAUUAGAAAACUUUAGUGAAUGCAGAUUUACAACAUUCGAUGUUCUGACUAAGAUGACACUCGAAAGUUAUUUUCAACUGAUAGGAUGUGGGUACAAACUGGAGAAAGUAGCAAAGUAUGUAAAUGAAAAUGUACUAAAGUUGCCAGAAGAGUAUUUAAAAAUACUGCUAUACACCAGAAGAGACCCGAUCUUAGUAUUAAAUAACCAGCUGAACUUUCUAUAUAGGAUUAAGCUAUUAUUAUUUGUACCGGACUCCUGUGAGCCAAGUAAAAAUGAUAGUUCCGCUGAAACAUCACCUGGAGAAGAUUUAAAUCCAGAGGUGGUUAAGAACAUUGAAGGUAAUAAGAAAGAAUUUGUCUGGGAGUUGAUUAAAACCGUCGACUUGCAUGAUUAUGUGAAUAGUCAGAUUGUGGGAAAAUAUGACCUUACAACUGACUUUGAGCCCUAUUGGCAGAAUUUUAAGAUGCAAGUGGACUCUUAUCUUAGCAGUGAAUUAGAGGCACCGCCUAAAAUACUAAAUGUUAAGCAAGUGUUUAGUAAGAAAAAUUGGAAAAAGGUAGUAUACCUAACAAGUGCAAUUAAGUCAGAGCUUGACCAGAUAAUAUCGAUAUGGCUUUCACUAAGCUGCAACUCACUUCACUACAAGAGCUUGAUCAAGUUAUUUCACAUGCCAAUAGAAGUCAUAAACACGCUCUCCACCAAAUUUAAGAUAAACAACACACAAAUCUACUCGUACCUACUAAGCAAGAUCAAGAAUAACAAGUAUGAACCACAAGUGGAGGAUGAUAGAAUACUGAAUAAAAUCAUAACAAACAUUCAUAGGGAUAACGAAAUACUGUGGAUAGCAAGAUACGUAAUAUCUGAAAAAUUGGUAAAUCAAAUAUUUGUAAAUUUUCUUAAAAAUGAUUAUAAUGGAUUUAUCAAAGACCAGGAUUCCGAAAAUGAGAUUAAUAUGGACACCAAUGUCACUGUUCGUAAAUUUCAGAGUUUUCUAACCCAGAAUAAACUGGACAAAGAUUAUAUAUCACUAGAAAGUUUACAGAAUGACAAGCCGCUGGAUGUCUGGAAUUACCUGCACAUUCUGUUUAAACACAAGUAUACAAUCAGCGAGUGCCAAAUCAUAUUUGACUACAUAAUCAAUAAGUCAAACUUCAAUUUGAGGAUACUGAAAAAGCUAAGAAAUAUGAAUAUAAAUGAAAUUGUUCAUUACACCAUGAAAAAAUCUCACUCUAACCCAACCAACAUCUAUAACACCACUCCAACAAAUGCCUUAUUUAAAACCAACAGCUAUCUUGUUGGCUCAAAGAAAGGUUCAAACGACUUUGAUCUCUUGAUAAGCUCGCUUAAACUAAAGUGCAUAGUGUUCACAUCAUUAUCAAGCAAAGGAGGGCAAUUAGUAAGGCAUAUAGAUCCUAGAGAUUUUAGACAAGUGUUGAGGAGGUGGGCUGAUCAUAGAUGGAUAGUAAGAAGUAAACAAAAGACAAACUUGUUUAAAGUAUACAAAUUGUCCAUCUUGUCAAAGCUUAAGCUUUUCCCAAAGUAUUCAAACCUUUAUCAUCUAGGAACACAGCUGCUCUCGUACAUUCAUUUGUAUGGUUACAACAGACCUUGUAGUAAUCCAGUAAACCAAAGAUUAGGAACACUGUCAUACUAUCCUAAUGAAUAUAGAGAAACCACAGUUACAGUGAAUAUGGAUUUAGGGCUGGAAUUAGGACUUGAUCUUGGCCAUGAUAUUAACUCUUCAUUUAUGGCAAACAAUGUGUCUGUGAUUAAAAACUGCUUAGAUUUGGACUUUUACACCAUUUUCAACAUACUAGAAAACUUUAAAAUCGUACAGUUGGACCCGAAGUGGAGUAGCCAUUCAAAUACCCAAACUAAGCUUAAGUCAGGCUAUUCACGCUUUGUAGAAGGAGGAAUAUCAAAACAUAUAAAAAGUAUGAAAAAUAACAUGUCAAUAACACAAGUGGGAGCAAACAUAAACUCAAUACAGGCAAAUCUAAGGUCACAAAACUAUGUAAAUGAAUAUGAAAAACAGAGUGUUGUGCCCAAAGCGAUGAUAUGUGAAAGUGAACUAACAGAUAUAUUGAAUCCUUCGCAAUUUGAACGUACAUACCCAGACUCCCUAGUUUCUCUAAACAAUUAUACAAGGAAAAAAAUUAAAAAAAUUUCAGGAGUGAUAGAUUACGUAAUGAAUAUGUUUAUGGUAGAAGAGGUUCCGGAUGGCGUUGAAAACAGUUUUUAUAAAUUGGUAGAUGUGGUUAAGAGCUCAGGAUUACACGGGAUUUCUCAUAAGAAGCUUAAAUUGGAAUUUAAACUUGUGUAUGAGAAGAAACCGUCUAAAAAAAGAAAGUAUUCUGGGGAUUUGAUUGCUAAUAAUGACUUAUCAGUUGAGAAUUUGGUUAAGAUUCUGAUUUAUGCAGCAUCCGUUCUAAGGCUUGUAAUAAUGGUGCCAGAUGGAACAGAAUAUUUGUACAUAUACUGGGAGUACUGUAAAGAUCUAUUCAUAGAUAAACAAGGUGGGAUUGAACUAAAUGGAAUUGUAGAACAAGGAUUUGAAAGAAAGAGGCCAGACUAUGUGCCUGAAUUGAUUUGGAUAAUAUGGGAAAGAAAACCAUUUGAUAUAAUACAAGAAAAUAUGGAACAAUUUCUGAGCAAUACAAGGGCUUUGUUGCCAGAAGAUUUGGAGUCUUACGCAAACACAUUAAAAUCAACAACACAAAACACAUUUGUAACACUUGAUGGUCACAUUAACGUGCAUUUGGUAGGAUUCUUAGCAUUAAAAAUAUUCUGUAUGGUUAAAGAUAAACCAGGGAUUACAACCCAUCAGGUAUGUCAUUUAAUUAUUAAAUAG